AAUAUGCAGAACCCUGAAAUACAUGAAAAUACAGCCUUGCAGUUCCAGCUGCCUCGGGAUGAGCAGAAUUACGGAGCUACCGCAGCACAUGCGCGACAUGUUCCACACAUGUCAGUGUCAAGGAACAGUCCAGCAAAGAGAGAUUACGUGAUAGUCGGUGUGCUGUGCUACGCAAAUUUGAUAAAUUUCAUGGAUUGGUUCAUUGUACCAGGCAUCCUGUUAGAUAUACAGAAAUACUUCAAACUUAGUGAUGGGGACGCAGGUCUACUGCAAACAGUCUUCACCUUGUGUUACAUGCUGGCUGCCCCCUUCUUUGGAUACCUCGGUGACCGGCACAAUAGGAAAAUCAUCCUUGGGGCUGGUGUUUUCUUCUGGUCUGGUGUAACAUUAGGCAGUUCGUUCAUCAAUAAAUCGUAUUCCUGGAUAUUCUUCCUUUCACGAGGACUGGUUGGCAUUGGCACAGCUAGUUAUUCCACAAUAGCACCUACCAUCAUUGCAGACCUGUUUGAGGAAGGAAAAAGGACCACAAUGUUAUCUGUCUUCUAUAUCUUCAUUCCAGUCGGAAGUGGUCUGGGUUAUGUCCUAGCAUCCAGCAUGGCAGAUGCCACAGGUGACUGGCACUGGGCAUUCAGGAUAACUCCUUGCAUGGGGACUCUAGCACUUGUUCUUCUGAUUCUCGUGGUCCCUCGCAGGAUCCAGAGAAGAACAGAAGCACACAGAGCGCUGAGCAUUUCCGGCACAAUACGAGUAGCAGCUGAGAAGCCAGGUGUACAGAGAACUGCCAAGACAACUUGGUGUGAAGAUGUCAUAUCACUUGGCAAGAAUUGGAGUUUUGUCUGGUCCUCACUGGGUCUGACUGCUAUGGCCUUUGUUACUGGAGCCCUGGGCCUGUGGGUACCGCUGUUUCUUUACAGGGCUCAGGUUGUCCAGGGCAUUGUAUCACCAUGCCUCCAAGAAUCAUGCAGUUCGUCUAACAGCUUAAUAUUUGGAGGCAUCACCAUUGGGACAGGAAUCUUGGGUGUCAUUGCUGGGGCAGAAGUUGCAAGAAGAUUAAGGAAGAUUAACAAUAAAGCUGAUCCGCUGAUCUGUGCUGUUAGCAUGUUCCUUUCUGCCCUGAACCUCUACAUAGCUCUGAUUGUGGCGCAGAUGAACAUCCUUUUCACUUUUAUUUUUAUUGCAUUUGGAGAAUUAUUUUUAUCUGUAAACUGGGCUGUUGUGACAGACAUACUGCUGUAUGUUGUGACACCAAGACGGCAGUCUACAGCUAUAGCCCUGCAGAUUUUGGUGAGCCAUUUGCUGGGAGAUGCAGGCAGCCCAUAUCUCAUUGGGAUUAUCUCUAAUGCUAUUCAGGCCAAGAAUGCUGACUCAUUCCAGUGGCGUUUCUGGAGCCUGCAGUACAGCUUCAUCAUGUGUGCAUUUGUUGGUGUCUUCGGAGGAAGUUUUUUCCUCCUGACGUCUCUCUACAUUGAGGAAGAUCGUAAGGAAGCAGAGCAGCUUUGAGGUACCAGGAAUGAAGGCUUGUCUUUCAAAUGAAGAUGAACUCCAGGGCAAGAUAUGUAAAGAAGAAGAAAAGAACCUCCUCCCCUUUUUCUUUCCUUUUUGCUUAAUGAGAUACAGUUAGAGAAAAGGCCAAAUAACAAUUCCUCCAUAUGGCAGAAAAACCUGCAUACUGACUUUUUGGAUGCUUUUGACUGUGAGUCAAAAAUUGUUACUGAAUUGGCAUAUGGCAACGCUCCCCCCAUCUGCGAAACAGGCGUGAGUAUGCUGUGGCGCUCCAGAAGGCAGUGUAUAGAGCUGUCACAGGCAUGACUGUUAACCUAAACAAGACAGCAGCAUUUAAGGCACAAUGUCUAGUGAAGAUUAGGAUGGGAGACCUAUGAAUUCUCAGCAGGAUAAGAUUUGCCUUUAGAAUUUGGAAAAUGCGGAUAGUACAAGCAAUAUUUUCAGUCAUCUGAAAUGACCGAGAGAGGCAGAGAUUAGUCAAGGUCAGUGUCAGAUUUGAGAGUGGAGGGUUGUCAUGAUUCUACGUGUAAUAUGUUCAUGGCUUCUUUAUAAUCCUUUGAGGCUCUUACCUUGUAUCCUGUAGUAUAAGUAUCCUGUGCAUAAGUGAACAGUGGUAGGGGUAAAACCACUUAAAUAUAACCAUCCGGUCGAGCGCUUAUAUCUAAAGUGCCUAACACUUUGGAUAUGGUAUCUGUUGUCAUAAUAUCACGCCAGGUGCCAAGUGUGACGAUUAUUUUGGCCCACUUUCAUUGCCUGAGGUGUUGUGGUUCCCAGCAGUGCCUUAAAGCCAAAGCCUGAGGAAGACCUUAGCAAGUGCUAGCAUUGUGAAUCUUACCUGAUUCUCCCAGUAAACCAUAAGGAUCAUAAAGCACAAAAUUCUUCUAAUGAGUGUGACUAAUGUCAUUAUAAAUAGUAUAAUUUAGCAACUUCAGUUUUGUUUGUUCUCUCUCUCAUUUUUUUGAAAUCUGUUCUGAAACUUGACUUAAACCCUAAUAGUCAAAUUUGGCCAGGACUUAGGCCAUUAUGGAAAAUAGGAGAAAUGCUCUUUUGUGAUACUCAAUGAGUGUAAGAAUUUCCUUAAAAGUAAAAUCUGGUAUUCUGAAAGACUGAGCAACUCUUUCUGGUUGUAAAAGGUAGCCAAAGCCAUUACACCACUAUCUUUUUGGAAAUGCUUGUGUUGCCCAAUGGCCUACACCCAGUAAGGGAUUCUCAGUAUUGGAUGUGGACGGAUCAGCUUGUAUAGGUCCUAAGUGCUUUUUUAAAGCAUUUUUGCAGACUAUUUUUUAAGCUACAUGGUAGCAAUAUUUGAAUUGAAACCUUUUGCAUGUAUUUGGCAGACCUGAGGAAAUCUGUAGCAUUUGUCUUCCAGCUAGAGCAAGAACAAUUCACUUGGCACCAGUUCCAUUGUUCUUAACACAAUGCCUCAUUAUGCAAUGAAUUUGGGAGGUCUAAAGGCAGUCUUUAAGGCCUUCUGAACUCUCCAUACACUUGAGAUUGGACUUGCAAGAGCCUGAAAUUCAUCUAGGUACACUGUUACUGUGCCAUUUGUGCUGUUUGAAGAUAAUCCAAGUAACUCUGGCGAACUGCUACUUGGUGAAGAAGCUGAAUUAUGAGGGGAAGUGAAAUUCACUAAUGUUAUAUUUUGUACAACAGUAUGUUUACUAGAUAGCAUUUAUUUUUGCAUCACUUUUAUGCCCAGAAAGUGAUGGAAGAGUUCAGUGACAGGGGCACAUCAAUAUUUGAGGCCAUAAAAUAGUAUGCAUUUUGCUGAAUUCUCUGAUCUUUGCAGGUGGACUACUUAGUGCCAGAUCCUUUCUUUGUAUUUUAUUGAAAUUUCUGGGAAGCUGAAUAUAAGGUCACUGCUGUAAAGGUUUGCAUUGUGCUUCAAGUCUUUUGGGCAGAGCAUGUAUGCUUGUAAAUGUACAGCCUAAUUAUGAAACUGGGGAUAUUGAUAUUAGCUAAUGAUUUAUUUCUGGUAAAGAACUCAUUUUAUAAGGUAACCUGAUUUAAUGAAAGGUGUUGAGCUUAGAUUCAUGGGGCUCAAUAUCGGCAACAGAAUCACAAGGUUCUAUCUCCAUGUUGCCAAACUCUGGAGAUAAAGAUUGCAACUUCUAAAUUCACUGACAGCUGCAAACCAGAUGUCCCCAACACCACAGCUGAUUCCUUAAAACUCAGGCAGGCAAGCCAAGACCUUGAGAAUCAUUUUUCCUGUUACUCGGCUGUGGCAGAAUUUAAGCAGCUUGAUAAUUCUUCUCUAUUGGCACAUUCGUGAUUUGUCCUGUAAAUAGAUGAUUUAUUUCUCACAUUUGUUAAAUCAGCAUUAAACUCUCUUUAAAAAAAAAUUCAAAACCUGUAUUUGGAAUACUGCAGAGGCAUUCCUUUGACAUAUGAGCAAGAGCUGCCAAAUGCUGUUCUGUAGAUGGUACAUGAAGUCCUUGACAAACUCGUUCUAACUCCUACUUCUUAUCUCCUUUGUGAAAGUCAGUGGCUAGAAACUAGCAGGGUCAUGCUGACUAGUUCACUUAUAUCUUUCCAAAUGCUUUUCUGUUUUCUUUGUAAAGUAAGGGGAGAGGAUUUCUAUUAUUUUUAGGUUUUUUUCCACAUUUCAGCAAGACUAACCGGCCAAGAGGCUGGAAGCUCUGAGUUAUGCCUGGGCCUCCCUGGAAUUGCCCAAUCCUCUGGCUUGAUGAGAACUGUUGACUCAGAGGUCUUGCAAAGGUACGAUGAUGGUAAGACACAGCCCAGGGAGGCUCUGCCUCCAAGGGAGGGAAACUGUUUCCAUCAUCCAGAAUUUUUACAAGGUAUUUAACCUGUCUGAUAUUUUUCUUGCAUAUUUGCCUGACCAGAUCUUCAGUGACUUUCUUCUUGGCCAGCAGAUGAAAUAUUAAAUGAGAAUGUAACCUCCUUAAUAGAAUAUAUAAAAGCAGUCAAAUUUCUUAAAACUUUCUGCAGAUCUUGAAUUUGCUUCUCAGCAGGCAGCACCAGAUUCAUGCACCAUGAAGGGGUCAGUGCAACAGCCUCUUAGUGCUGGAGAGGGCUUUUGUGCAUUUUAGCUAUUUAAGACAUUAGGCUUUUUGCAUGCCAUUAAAGCAAAAAUGAGUGGCUUGAAUAAGUAAGUUAUUUAAGUUGCAGCACUGGAAAAAGCUGCUGCUGGAAGCUGAAAGCUAUUAUGACAGUUUGUUCUGCAGUAUUUGAGCCACUUGGAAUCUGUGUGACUUGCAGCACACAGUCCGUGGGAAGACCCACUUUGUCCCUUGCAUCAAACAAAUGACAGUUGAACAAGCUGACAAAGCUGUUGUAUGUUCUGUAACUGUUCAUAUGUUCACCUCCUACCUUUACCAUUUUUUCCUCGUUCUUUCCAACUAAAAUAGUGGAUAAAAGGCACUUUGGAAUUGCUCCAAAAGAUGUGGUUUUAUAAGUCCACUCAGGUAAUGAUUUUGAUCUUUUCCUCUUCCUCCUCUUUCAUCAUUCUGCAAAGCAGGGACAUGGCAUUGAUAUUGACCUUUUGUGCUGUUUAUGUGGAUUUUUUUUUUAAGGAAGCUUUAGAGCUCUGCAUAAAAAUUGCCUUCAGAAUCGUGAUUACUUUUGGCUUCUGCUAAAUGCCUGAACAGGCAUCUAGUGGGCAGGACAUAUCUAAGAUACACAGUACUGUUAUGUGUAAGUACUUCUCUGGAGUGAUUCAUUCCACCAGACAGGAUGCUGAUGUGUGAGAUUGCUAUCAGCAGAAUAUUAAUUUUCAGAAAUCUCUCAUGUAACUUUUUAUUUCCCUCCCUAGCCUCUCCCCAAAAAAGUAGCCCUGUGGCUGAAGGUGGGCAGAUGGCACACUGCGGCUUUCCAGCCUAUGGAUUUAUGCAUUCUGUCUAGGCUGCUCACUUCUAAGAAGAUCUUGUGUUUAAUUCCUCUUUGCCCUAAUCACUCAUGCAGCUGAAUUGUCUUGCAAAAUAUUUUUGCAGCCCAACUGCGAUCCUUUAUAGUGCUACUGGUGUAGCCAUAUGUGUCAAAAGCAUCCUUUAGCUUAGAAGACAGAGCUCAGGGUUGCUGCUGUCAUUGUGAAGGACCUGUGCUGAGGCAGGGUCCGUUAUGACUGUACUGUCCCUGAUGGCUGUUUUACUAACUCCUUCUUAGGCUCCUCUGAAGAAGACUUCAUCACCUUCAUAGGUGGUCUGUUUCAGUACUCCCUUACUGAAGAAUUGGCACUUUCCCCCACGCUAUCUUAAGUAAAAUGUUUUGUUGUAGAAUAACUGACUGAAUUCUGUCUUGAUGUCCACCUUAGCUUUUGUCUUCCCUUCUACUUCCUGCAUUGUGUAGUCACUAGAAAUUCACGUAGUGACUUUAUUGUUUGCUAUAUAUGUCCUUUAAGUUCAGAAUCUGUAGACUAAUUAACUGAUUCCUGCUUGGAAAGAAAGCUAAAGGGAACAGACACUGUCCACCUGAGAAACAGCAUCAAAUGAGUACAGAAAGGCCAGAUCAGCCAAUUUAUGCUGUAGCUGAUCUAAGCUUUUCUGUAGUAGUAGAUACAUCAUCUCUGCUUUUGCGCCUUCCCCUCCUCACAUUAAAAUGUGGAUGGAGUGUCUGUUGAAAUAGGUUUUGAAAUAACUAAGAAUCCUAGAAAUCCUCCAUUAACCCAGAGCCUUUGUGGCAAAAGUUUUCUUCAGAUAUCUUUUGAAUGUGUUGCUUUGCAAGCAUCGCUCACUCUGCAGGCCUCCUUGCAGUACUGAGUUCUCCUCAGUAAUGCUAGUUAGCACUGGCUGUGACUUGGACGCUCCUUCCCCUAGGACCCAGAAAGAAUUCACCUGCUCCCUCGAUGUAGGCAAAAAAAGUGAUGAAACAAAAAUGCUUUUGGGUCCCUGCCAAGUUGUGCUGGCAUUCAAGUAGAUGGUACUGGCUGCAUUUCAAUACAAGACAGCCAGUGGGUUCAUCUGGGUUCUCCUAUAAUUAUCUUCCUUGUAAUCCAAUAAAGUCUUGGAGACGUUCUUAGGAAGCUUUUAUUUUUAAGGGAAACAAAGGUUGAUAUGAACAGACUCUUGUUUCUAUUGCUGUAUAGCUGAUCAAAUUUGCAUUGAUCUCAUUUUGUGUAAUUUAAUGUUUGCAUAAAAGUUUUGUUCUUAAUAUGUAAAUUGGCUAUGUAUUCUGCAGUAAUAAAAUGGCUGUAAUUUUGAGAGAUUAAUGAAAGUGUUAUUGAAUCCCACUGUAGAAAUAAUCCUUUGUAAAUGCACUAUUAAAUGUAUAUGGAAUUAGGAAUGCAGCUGAAUCCCAGUAGGCUUAACCCUUCCAGUGGAGUUAGAACAGGACUCCAGAAAUGUGCAUUGUCUCCAUAAAAUCAGAAUCCUGCACGAUGCACAAGUGUGACCUGUAUAGGACUUGGGUUAUAUUGUAGUACUAAGAUAUGACUUUGUCUGCUCAUAUACUGUGGUGCUUUUGUUCCUACAUCUAAUAUUUCUCCAUAUUGUUAGGAAAAAAUGCCUUUAAAUGGAGUUGAAAGGUAAAUUCAUGCAGGUAUAAUUUUCUUUUCAGUGUUUAAUGUGUUGGGCAGUAGGCUUGAAACUGAUGUAAAAAGGAUGAAGGUAACUGUUUUUGAAAGAAUUGACUUCAAGGUAGCUAUUUAAUUCCACCUUGAUGUGUCCUGCUAAGUGGCCUGAUUCUUUUCUUUCUUCUUUCCCUUCUUUUCAAAGAGCCUCACAUCCCUCUGUUCCUAAUGAAGGCAAGCUGAGCAGCUGUGUGUUCAACCCUCAAGAAAAUCAGGCCAUUUACUUCAAGACUUAAUUAUGUGUUUAGGAGCCUAAUCUUAGGCACCUAAUUUUUGAAA